CACAUCCAUCCGCAACACUUCUCUUGAACGGACACCAAACGAUACGACUCGCUUCACAUUGAUUGCAGAACUCUUGACUGCUCCGUCGAGUCUAGGGUCUGUCAUUUAACGUGACACGCUGUUAUUGUCUUUUGACAACCUAUACCAACGUAGCUAUCUUGUGACUUACUACAAAUUGCAGGCUUCAGCUUGGCCCCGGCAGUGGACAGACGUCGUCAAAAGCUCUUAGCGCGGCCAUGGGACGCCUAGCCUGAGCGUGACCAGCACCAUUUGCGACCUAGCAAAUGGGCUGUAACAAUUCUAAGGCGGUGGUACCAGCGGAGGGCGCAGUGGGCGCGUCCGACGUGCAGCAGCAGCAGGCUCAACACGUCGCAGAUGGCAGCACCAAGCCAUGGAAGAAGAACCAGGUGGUUCCAGUGCAGGACCAGCACGGCGUUGAGCGGGAGGGCGCGGGGUCGGCUUCCCAUGCGAAGCGUCCCGCCAGCAGCGUGAAGGCCGCGCCACCUGGAGCAGCUGUCGUCGCAUUUGUGAAAGAUGACUCUCCAGCGCACGAUCAGGGCCAGCCCUAUGAUGUGUUCGACGAGCUCAGGAGGCUUUGUGAACAGAAGCUCACAGCCGCGCCCGCGCUCGCCCGUCUGGCGGAGCGGCUUCUUGAAAUUACCAAGAUGCACUUAUCGGUUGCAUUGCGCAGCCAUAGCAAGCCGAAGGACGCGGACGCACUUCGCAAAGUGGUCGAGCAUUGUGUCGCAUGCCUCAACCGCGUUGUGCAGCCGCUGCUCACGCACAUCACGCGCGUGCUCAGCAACCGGCAAGCGGGGUCUUCGUGGUCUGAAGCCACCAGCUGGGAUCAGAUGGAGUUUUCUGACUUCCUGGGCGUGUUGGAGGACGCCUGCACGUCGACGUAUGAGCUGGGUGUAAUGGAGAUGGGUCGCCCAGUCACGGCGCUCAUGGACAUCCUGCAUCAGCUGCGCCAGCACUGCGACUCGCAUCACAUCUCGUUGCCCCCCUCGGCGUCCCAGGUGUCCUGUCUGGAUGAGCUGAUGGGCAUGCUGGGCAUCAUCUACUUCCGCAAGGUGGUGCUGGAGACGCCCGACAGCGCCGCCGCCAAGCUGGACCAGUACCAGCAGCUGCAGGAGCAGGUCGGCUGGAGCGACUCCCAGCUGGCCACCUGCACAGGGCCGGACGCGCGCGCCAUGCUGCUGUACCUGCAGCAGGUGGCAGCGGGCGGCGAGAAGCGGACCAACGUGACGGUGCGCCGCUGCGCGGCCUUCUGGGACGCCUUCGAGGCGGCGCGGCACGACGGGCUGCUGUCCGCCUCGCACGGCCCCAAGUCACACAAGUACUUCCCCUCCUUCGUGGACGAGAUGGCGGGCGCCGGCGCUGGCGCAGCCAGCGUGCGCAAGGCGCCGGUGGAGGCGGGCGAGGGCCACGGCCCGCGUAAGGAGUUCUUUGCGCUGGCGGGUCAGGACAUGGCCGGGCGGGCGUCGUCAGCGGCGCAAGGCGCCGGCGACGACGACAAGGCUGGGGACCAGCAGCAGCAUGCGGCGGCGGCGGGCUCGUCAGCAGGGGGGCACGGGCCGGGGUCGCGGCCGGCGUUGUGGGUGUUUAACCGCACUGCCGGUGCCUACUGGUACAACACGGGACUGUCCGAGUCCCCGGAGCUCAAGGGCGCGUACGCGUUUGCGGGCUGGCUCAUGGGCCAGUCGCUGCUCAACCGCGCGCCGCUGGGGCUGCCGCUGCCGCCCGUGCUCUUCCGCGGCCUGCUUGAGGGCGGCGCCGGAGGUGCCGCAGCGCACGGCGCCCACGGUGCCGACGGCGCCACCGCCACCGCCGCCACCAGCGGCUUCCAGCCAACGCUGGAGAUGCUUUCCGAGUUCGACCCGGACGCCGCCAACGCGGUGCGCAACGUGGCGGGGCUGCCCAAGGACCAGCUGGCGGGCAUGCUGGAGCUGGAGGGGCUGCCAGGCGGCUGGAGUGCGGAGCAGUACACGGCACACGCAGUGGCUCAGGUGCUGCGCGACGGCGUGGCCUGGCAGGCGGGCGCGGUGGCGGCCGGCUUGUUUGCCGCCGUGGAUCGGAGGCUGCUGCGCGCGUGGCAGCUGGGGCCGCAGGCCCUGGCGGGCCUGGUGUCGGGCGUGGGCGGCGGCGCCGACGGCAGCGCGCCGGAGGACCUGUCCACGUUAUUCCGCGUGGCUCUGGAUGAGGAGCUAGUGGGUCCCAGCGCGUGCCUAGUGGAGAUGCUGUGGCAGGUGCUGGCGGGCUGGCCGGCGGAGCGUCGGCUGCGGUUCGUGGAGUUUGUGACGGGCACGUCGCGGCUGCCGCUGCCUGGUAGCGAGCUGCUCAAGAUCCAGGCGCCCUUCGUGGCCAUGGGCGCGGCGGAGCACAAGGCCACCCUGGGCAUGCUGCCGCAGGCGCACACGUGCGACAACCUGCUUGAGCUUCCCAACUACUGGGAGAGCCUGCUGCAGACGCGCGGCGUCAAGGGCGGCCCGGCGGCGGUGGCGCGCGGCGCGGCGGCGUUGACGCCCGAGCAGCUGACGGAGCUGAGGGACGAGACGCGGCGGAUACUGGGCGAGCGCCUCGAGAUCGCCGUGCUCAACUUCCAGGGCUACGGGCUUGACGAGCGCUCGUCUCGGGAUGACGAGGACGAGGAUGAGGAUCAGGACGUCGGCGUCGGCCGGCAGCAGUCAUUAGCCCCUGCGGAGCCCUCCCCAGAGCCCGACCUGCCGCUCACACCGGCGGCCCUGACCGCCGACUCCCUCGCUAGUCUGGCCCGCCUCAGCGCCUCCAGCUCCAUGCUGCACUCGUCCCACCCGCUCACCUUCGACCAGGCCGUGCCCAGCCCGCACAACCAGACCCGCAACCGCCGCGCCUCCCACUUCUUGGGCGCGGCCUCUGCGGCCGGGCUGCAAAGCACUGUCAUGAGCCCGGCGGCCAGCCCCUCGCCAGCGCGCUACACGCCCAACCUGCCGCACAUGCAGCCGCCACCGCCGCCCCAGCUGGCGCCGGCGCCGGUGCCGCCGCCGCCUCAGCCGCUAACGCAGGAGGAGCGGGACAAACAGCUCAUGGCGGCCUUUGAUGUAGACGACACAGGCCGGCGGAAAGGCGGCGGCCCCAUGCCGCCGCCGCGCGCGCCGUCGUCCUCGUCUUCCGAGAGCCUCGAUGACGGGCUCAAGCUAUGAGCGCGGAGUGCCACGUGCUUGUUCGCGGCCCCAAACCGCCAGGCGCAAGGAGGCAGCCGCAGCCUCGGGCAACACACAACGAACGAGCUAGGCCGUGUCAUUGGGUACUUGCAGGGUGAUUAGCAGCGGUUCAUGCCAAUGGCACCAAAGGCGUGCGUUUCCGCCGCGUUGGGGUUGGGGGGAGCGUUAGGAGUUUGCAAGCGGGCAUGUACCGUACGUGCGGAUGGCAACUCAAAAGCGUCACUUGGUUGGCAUUGGCCAGACAGGAAAUUGGUGAGAGAGUACAGCAAUGCUAACCGAAGAUCAGUGCAGAAGUAGUUGUUCAGGGUGGUGGGUGGGUGCAGUGAGAUGCGGGGUUAGUGUCAUGGUCACGCACAUGACGCCGCCGCAUGCAUCAUCGUGGGCCUUGUGAGCUGCGUAGAUGGCUUCCUUUGCUCAGCGCAACAUUACGGUCGCAUGUGAUCAGGGGUUUCCAUCUGGGUUGAAUGCACGUGCGCAAUGUGAUGGCUCGGUCAGCUGGUCUGGUCUGAGGAAGGUCGUGUGCUGGUGCCGCCGGAACAAGGCGCUUUGCAUAUGUUGGCCGUCAUUGACAGCUAUUGUUGAGUGGAAUAAACAAGGACACCGUGCGCUGAUGCAUCUUGGCUGCGGUCAUUAAUCCUCUGAACCACAACCAACUACGGUACCACAACCAACUACGGUAUUUGUCGUGCGACUACCGAUUCAGAUUGAACUGCGUAAUGCUGUGCACCGAUUGAUGCGAUCGUGUGAAUGCCAGGAGCCUCAGGUCGGAUACGCAUGUUGCGCCGCACAUGAGACAAAUGCUGCAAGCUGGCCGGAGUGCCAGUGUUAGUGCAGAUUAUGAGAGAACUUGUAGGACAGAUCCAGGGUGGGUGGGUGGGUGUUCAUUCAUGUGUGUGGGUGUUGUCGUGGGUCCUGAGGUCGGGUGAAUAGGUACUGCGG